GUUAUGUAAAUUUUUUCUAUGGUAAAAAAGCUUAUGUCAAAAUUUUUAAGAGUUUAUGAUUUUGUUUAUUUAUUCUUCAAACAAAAUAUAGAAAAAAAGAUAACAAUGUCUAUUUUAAUUCUCAAUAAAAAGAGCAUUCUUUAAACUUACGCCAGCAAAUAUGUUUCACAAGGCCGAAGAUUCGAAAGGAAACUUUUUAGAGCAAACCAAAGCUGCAAGGGAAGAAAGGGCAUUAGAAAAACGACGUGAAAGUGCUAUAAUUCUUAUUCAGGCUAAUGUUCGUGGCUGGUUGACUAGAAUAAAGUUUUCUAAGGAGAUCUUAGAUGAAUUUGAUAGCGUUAUACCAGAUUUAUCAGAGAAAUAUUCAAAGCAGCAUUUGAAACCAGCACUUGAUAUUUACCGUCAAAGUAUUAGAUUAUUAUUAAUAUGGAGCAAGAAAAGAGAUGCAGAACGCUUUGCCAAAUUAUGUCGCUAUUUGGUGGCAUCACUUGAUUCAGAUUCCCCCAAAUAUAGUUAUGUUGGUGUAGCUUUAAAUAAGGAACAUGUGAUAAAAUGGAUCUCUCAUAUGAAUAAUUUGUUAUGGAAGUGCUGUGAGUACUUAGAAGAGUUAAAACUAGAACUUGCUGCUGAUAUGAAAACGAUAGUGUUAUAUUUACGUGUACUGGUUUCAUUUACAAGUACAAAUACAUGGGUUGUUCUGAAGAAUAAAAAUAUGGAAGUGUUGAAAAGUGGCAUGAAUCAGUUAUGUGCCAAUCUUAUGGGUCAAUUGUUUCACAAAGGAUUUUAUAUUACAUUAAAAACUCUACUUAUUAAGGGUUUAGGAAGAAUAAAAAUCGCUUUUAAAACAGUUUCAAUUUCUGCAAUUUUUACUCUUGCAAUGAGACCAUUGGUAUCAGCAAAUUUUUCAGACAAGUUCAUGACUAUAUUUUUAAUAAAUAUUCUGUCUGUGCCAGGACUAAUUUAUCAUUUAGAAAUCCUUUCUCCAGAGUCCAUAUCUACUAUUCAACAAUAUAAAUUAUUUACAAGAAGUUUAGAGAUACUUUCUAGUCAACAGUCAAUGAGAAUAGUGUUUAAUAUUUUAGAAGGAAGUUAUGCUUUGUGUCUUUUAGCAAAUCUAAUUCAAAUGGCAUAUCUUGAAAGGAAGACUACAUUAAAAGACUUGUGUUUUCCAACAUUUACUGUUGUUGUUACAGGCUUAUUAGAGAGCUGUCAAAAUUAUGUUGUUAGUAAAAAGUCAACUUUAACACAUUGGCAUCCAGUUUUGGGCUGGUUUGCUCAACCACAAGACCCUGCUUUACAUGAUGCCAUACCGCACAUCAAGAUACAACUUCAUUUAUUAUGGAAUAUUGAGCUAAUGCAAAUUCUUUUGGGUAAUUUUUUAUCUGAACUAGUUCAAGGAGUUGAACCGCCACAUCAAUUCAGCCCAACACAAAAUCCACACUUUGGUGGUAGUAGUUUUUUUAAAAAAAUGUUAGAAAAUCGAAGUAACAAAACUUCUACACAAAAGACAUAUAGAGCAUUAGGAAGUCCAGAAGUACACAGAGUUGUACUUAUUUGUUCUUUGUAUCAUACAGCUUUACGUACUUUGACUCAAUUACAAUUAGAUAUUUUAACAGGGUUAUGCUAUCAGAAUUCUAUUUUAUAUGACUUGUGGCUGUUUCUUUCCUCUUUGGGGCCAAAUUGUGGUCUUAAAACAUUUUUGGAUCAUCUAGCGUUUAACACCAAGUGUUCAGCACCAGAAUUUCAAAUGUUACAGCUUUUUGCUGAUUGUAUGACUCAUUAUGUUACGUUAUUAGAUGAUAUGGAAAUGUAUGAAAAACAGUCGCCUUUUCAUUUAUCUGAUUUUGUAGCUAUGUCUAAUUUUUUAAACAUAUUUUUAUAUAAAGCAGUCCUAGGAAAUUUGUUUGAUAUUAAGACUAUUCAAAAUAAUACACUAUUUCAAUCUUUACAUACACUCUUAAUGGUUUUAUACAAAAGGGACUGUUGGCAUAGUUAUACUCCACCAGGUCACUGGCUAAUUAAAGAUAUCAAAGUAUCUUCUUUUCUGAUUGAUCUUGAAAAAGGCAAACGUGCUCCACAGUUAUUAUUACAAACAAUGCCACAUAUCAUACCUCACGAAGACCGAGUAAGACUAUUUAGGAAAUAUAUUGCCAACGAAAAGACUGUUUUAGGACUAACUGAGUCAGCUUGUGCUUCUCCACAAUCCACAUUAAUAACAGUUCACAGAAACCGAAUUGUUGAAGAUGGUUAUCGUCAAUUGGCGGAUUUACCGCCACAAGCUUUAAAGGGAGUGAUAAGAGUUAGAUUUAUCAACGAAUAUGGUUUGGAUGAGGCUGGGAUAGACCAGGAUGGUGUGUUUAAAGAAUUCUUAGAAGAAAGUAUUAAAAAAGUGUUUGAUCCGGCUCUGAAUCUGUUCAAAGCGACAAGUGAAGAACGGCUGUAUCCAUCAUCUAUUUCUCAUUUGCAAGAUAACCAUCUACAAUUGUUUGAAUUUACAGGACGUAUGUUGGGAAAGGCUAUUUAUGAGGGUAUAGUAGUAGAUGUGCCUUUUGCUUCAUUCUUUCUCAGUCAGGUGUCUGGUCAAACAGCUCAAGCUAUGUACAGCUGUGUGGAUGAACUUCCGUCUUUAGAUCCUGCUUUGUACAGAAGUUUGAGUUAUGUGAAGCAUUAUGAAGAAGAUGUUUCUGAACUGAAUUUAACUUUUAGUGUAGAUGAAGAUCACAUGGGUAAAGUUAUAACUUACGAACUGAUACCUGGAGGCAAGGCAGAACCAGUGACAAAAGAUAAUAUAAUCAAUUAUAUUCAUCAUAUGGCUCAUUUUCGGAUGCACGUCCAAAUCAAAGAUCAAACUGCAGCUUUUAUCAAAGGUUUUAGGUCCAUUAUUAAUCCAGAUUGGUUGUCUCUUUUUUCGACGCCAGAACUUCAAAGACUAAUAUCAGGUGAUAAUGUACCUUUAGAUUUGAAAGACUUGCGCAAAAACUGCCAGUAUUAUGGGGGUUUCCACGAUUCCCACAGAGUGAUUUGUUGGUUAUGGGAUAUAUUGGAAAAAGACUUCAAUGACGACGAGAGAGGAAUGUUUUUAAAGUUCGUAACUAGUUGUUCCAAACCACCACUAUUGGGAUUUGCACAUUUGGAACCACCAUUUUCCAUUAGAUGCGUUGAAGUAGGUGAUGAUGAAGAUACCGGUGAUACUAUUGGGAGUGUAUUUAGAGGAUUCUUUACUAUAAGAAAAAAAGAUCCACAAAAUCGCCUACCCACUUCGUCUACAUGUUUUAAUCUAUUGAAACUGCCAAACUAUCAAAAGAAAAGUACCCUGCGCGAAAAAUUAAGAUAUGCGGUAAAUUGUAAUACAGGAUUUGAACUAUCGUAAACAAUUAUUUUUAUUUGAAAUAAAUAUGUCAAAAACAUUGCAGAGGGAGCCAUUAUCAUUGAAAUAGUAGACAAAUAAAAUUUGUAAUGGUUUCAAAGUUUUUAAACUACGACUUAUUAAUAUACAGGUUAGUCUUAAAUAAAUGCAAAUAUUUUAGGCAUAGUAUAUUUCGACCUCAGAAACUUUAUACUUAAACUUUUGAAUUUUUUUUAGUUUUUAACUAAAAACAUAAUUUCUUGAUAAUAUCGUAACAUAGGUAGUAGAUUAAAUUUACAAGAAAGAAAACCCAGAAAAGAUCCAGUGGUUUGCAAAAUUUAAACAUUUUUUUAGUUUUUAAAGUAAAUAACUCGGUUAUUUUGGACUUAUUCGAAAACGGUAAAGAGAAAAUAUGUUUAUUUUAUCGAGAUCUACAAUCCCCAAAAUAUUUGUACUUAUUUAAGAUUCAUCUUGUAUAAUAAACAUCUAUAAAAGAACGAAAACGAAAUGAUAUUGCCUUAGAAACGCGUGAAUUUGAUUAUAUUUUCAUAUUUUGCUCUACAAGUGUAUGGAAGUUUGGAAAAGUAAAAUCAAGAGAUUAACUAUAUUACAACAAGCAAAAACCAUUAUGAAGAAUGUAUUUUACUCAAAAAGUUUAUAAUGAAAAAGUUUUUUUCCUUGUAAAGGCAAUCUGUGUAUUCCGGGACAUACUGUGUAUUAAAAAAGGAUCUUAAAUAAAAAUCAGUUCAUUAUGACUUAAUCAGUACAAAUUAACAGAUAUUACUGUUAGUAGAUGUAUUGUAAAUUAUUUCAAUUAUUUUGGCUUAGACUUUAGAGUGUUAUUUGCUUGAGAGAUAGAAACAAAAUAUAAUAUUAUACAUGAAUGUGGAAUUGAUACUUUUCAUAUCAAUUUUUAAGUCCCAUGCCCAGUUUUAAACAAUAAUACUUAAAUAAUUUGUAUACAUUAAGUAAUACAUAGUUAAAAUUAAUUAUCGUUUGAUAUUAUUUAUUGGUAGUGCAAUCUAGGAAGAUAUAUUAAGUGAUAUUCGUUUUAAAGUAAGACCGCCGGUGUAUAAUGAUAGUAAUUCUAUGUUGUAUAUUUUUGUAUAUCCAAAAAUAGCUGUAUAUCCCGUAAAUGUUCCUUAUUUUAAUAAAUAUAUGUUUUAACAA